AUGCAUACACCAACUAAUUUUGACCAAACUGAUCACACUGAAACUCUCACCCGCUAUGACGGUGCCGGCCCCGAUGAAUAUUUAAGUGAUUUGAGCAGUUGUACUGAUAAUAGAUCUGACUUAAGGUCAGAUGGUUAUAAUGACUAUGAGUCUAAUUAUGGGUCAGAUAAUGAAGAAGCUACCUGCGCCUCAACCAGCAUUACCACGAUCCCAUCAUUUCAGUACUCUUUAAGGCAGGAAAAGUUUAAUGAUAAUUUUUCUUCCAAGGACUUGCUAAAUACCAUUCAGGAAAUUUUCCUAUCACCACCUAGAGAUAUGUCAGAUAUCAUAGGUUCUUUGGAUGAUCUCCCAAUCUAUUCAUUCCUCUUUCUGAAUGAAAAAGGCUCCUGUUUGUAUAAUGCCUACCCUAUAAAAAAUAUGCAUACGGUUUUUACACUGUAUACAUGUAUCUUUGAUACGGUUCGUAUUUUUAUAUACUGUAUAACAGUAUAA